UCCCAGCCCUUGGCAGAGGCCUGAGAAGUCCGAAAAUUCUGAGUUCGGGCGCCGAGGUCUCCUGAUCCCGGCGCGGAGGGAGCCGGCCCAGGGGAUCUGCAAGCGCCCUCCCCGCCCUGACAUUGUGGGGCUCCAGCCGCGCCGCCACAACUGCUUACCUGGGGAGGUGCGCCCGAGCCCCGGGGGCGGGCAGUCAGGGGGCGGGCAGGGAACCGGUGCCGCCCCACGCUUCCUGGCCCCUUUAAGGAGGGGAAGCCGGCGGAGGGAGGAGCCGGUCCAGGCGUGUGCAGGGGAGCGCCUCGCCAGCGGUCCGCAGGGCAGGAGACUCACGCGGCGGAGAGGAGCAGCCUCAGGUAGCCCCGCCUGGGCCCGCGCACCGACCUCGCUGCCCUCUCCUCGCCUCUCUGCCUGUGGCGCGGCCCGCCGCCUUGGCCUCAGGGGCAGGGCAUGGGCGGCCCCUGUCAGAUCGCCCCGCGCCUGCACUAACUGCCCUCGCUCUGGCCUUCAAACCCGAAACCUCUUCUGUGUGCACAACCUCGGCGGUAAUCCUCAAACCAGCCGGCACCCCAGACCAGCUGCAGCCACCCCAAACUCGGGAUCACUUCUGGACCCCUCGACCGCCAGGCACCAGCGCGCACGGGACCCUUCAGCCGGCGACCGGGGCCCAGUCCCGGUCCUGAGGCCACCGCCGCUGCCCGCCUCGAGCUGCACCACGCGGGCUGAGCCGUCGGCGGGCGGGUCACUCCCGAGCCUUCAUCUGCACCGCGCCAGCCCCAGACGGCGGACGCCGAGCCUCCAGCGCACGCCGGCCUGGGCCGCUGUGCUCUCGGGGCCAACCCGCAAGGCCGCCCUGAGUCUCCGCAGAGGGGCCGAGCGUUCGUUCCGGGGACCCCAGGUCCGCCCCCGCCCCCCGAGAGCGGCGGGGACCCAGAGCCCGGGGGCGCGGGACGCCCGUGUCAUGACGGCCGAGAGCGGGCCGCCGCCGCCACAACCGGAGGUGCUGGCUACAGUCAAGGAGGAGCGCGGCGAGACGGCGGCAGGGGCCGGGGUCCCGGGGGAGGCCGCGGGCCGUGGGGCGGGCGGGCGCCGCCGCAAGCGCCCCCUGCAGCGCGGGAAGCCGCCCUACAGCUACAUCGCGCUCAUCGCAAUGGCCAUCGCGCACGCGCCAGAGCGCCGCCUCACGCUGGGCGGCAUCUACAAGUUCAUCACAGAGCGCUUCCCCUUCUACCGCGACAACCCCAAGAAGUGGCAGAACAGCAUCCGCCACAACCUCACGCUCAACGACUGCUUCCUCAAGAUCCCGCGCGAGGCCGGCCGCCCGGGGAAGGGCAACUACUGGGCGCUCGACCCCAACGCCGAGGACAUGUUCGAGAGCGGCAGCUUCCUGCGCCGCCGCAAGCGCUUCAAGCGCUCGGACCUCUCCACCUACCCAGCCUAUAUGCACGACGCGGCGGCCGCCGCAGCCGCAGCCGCCGCAGCCGCUGCCGCCAUCUUCCCGGGCGCGGUGCCUGCCGCGCGCCCGCCCUACCCAGGCGCCGUCUAUGCUGGCUAUGCACCGCCGUCGCUGGCCGCGCCGCCUCCGGUCUACUACCCCGCGGCGUCGCCCGGCCCUUGCCGCGUCUUCGGCCUGGUUCCUGAGCGGCCGCUCAGCCCAGAGCUGGGCCCCGCGCCGUCGGGGCCCCGCGGCUCUUGCGCCUUUGCCUCAGCUGGCGUCCCCGCCGCUACCACCGGCUACCAGCCCGCAGGCUGCACCGGAGCCCGACAGGCCAACCCCCCGGCCUAUGCUGCCACCUUCGCGGGCCCCGACAGCGCGUACCCGCAGGGCGCAGGCAGCGCGAUCUUUGCCGCUGCCGGCCGCCUGGCGGGACCCGCUUCGCCCCCAACGGGAGGCAGCAGUGGCGGCGUGGAGACCGCGGUGGACUUCUACGGGCGCACGUCGCCCGGCCAGUUCGGAGCUCUGGGGCCCUGCUACAACCCUGGUGGGCAGCUCGGAGGUGGCAAUGCAGGCGCCUACCAUGCUCGUCAUGCAGCUGCCUAUUCCGGCGGGAUAGAUCGGUUCGUGUCCGCCAUGUGAGCCGAGCGUAUGAACAAAAACUCAUAGAUACCUCGGCUGUUCACACGAACUACGUUUCCCGCAACCCGAAAACAGGACUGGAGAGAGGACUCAGUAGGGACCCACGUGGAAGGGAUGGAGAGGGCCCCAGAGGCUCAGUCUCCCCGCGCACAGCGAAUGCACCGGAUUUACUUUGUAAAUGGGAGGAGGUGGGUCGAGGCAGCCAGAACCCUUGGACUGGCACAGGGACCCUCGAUGGGGCGAAGCCCCCAAAGGAGAUGCUUUCUGGCAUUCCUCGGGGAGGGUCCCUGGCGGUAACCAGAGGGCAGCGUAGUGUCAACACCAGAGACCAGAAUCCAAAUUGUGGGGAAUCACUUAACUUCAGCCUUCCAUGUGCUGCUGGAAACUCGACUCCUUUUACGCGGUUCGGCCUCUAGCGCCUUUAACUGCGUUACUACAAUGAAAGGCUCCGCAGCAGCGCCUUUCCUCUUAAAGUGAGGACAAAUUUGCAAAACAAUUAGCCUUUUCUUCUUUUUUAAAUAGGAGAAAUCUCUGCUCUAGUUGACUCGGGCUGGUUUUCCCUGCCUCUGAGAACUUGAGACCUAGCUCUGAGUUGAACUGUGCCUCAGCGCCCCAGUCCCAUCACCUGAACCUUCAGUCUCUCCCAUCUGUUACUCGAGAGGGCUGCAGGACUCUACCCACCGCCCCAGGUUGUCAUUCAGAGCCCCAUCAUCUUGGAUGCUGCCCUGCAUAUUUGGCAGCAAUGAUGGGCCACUCAGGACCUCUGAGUAGCCACCCAAAGCCUAGCCGCUGUUCUAGGGAAUGGAAAAGAAGCUCAUGGCCAAGCAUCUAACCUAAAAUGCCAGGAUUGGCUCCAGGCAGCAAUUAUAUCAGAACUUAUCGAUCUUUUGAGCAGGAUGUACUGGUCAUUCAGUAGCUGUUACUGCCGAGUCAUAAAUCUGGUUUUCCAUUAUAAGGCAGAUAGAAAUACAUUCGUUCAUUUGUUCAGUUUCUUGUCAUCAAGCAGCCCUGGACCCAAUGGGUGAACUAAAGUUUAAGGAGAUGAGAGGAUUCGGGGAGGCUGUUGGUGACACUUUUCAGUAGUUGGGGUGGGCCCUUCCAUCCCCAGCACCCCCUGCUACACCUCAGCAGCCUCCCCAUGCAACAAGAAAAGAGAAAGAUUAAAUUGGGGCAGUCCGUAAAGUGAGCUUUAGAAAGAAACUGGAAUUUUAACUUGUUUUGGAUCUUGCUUAAGUAGCAGCUCACUAAAAUCAGAAAGUCCAAUAUCUCUCCCACCUUUCCCCUGAGAAAACUUAUAAGUUUCAAUUCUAGAGCAAACAUUUUCAACAUUAAAUGUUUCAGAGGUUCCAUUCACAGCUUUUAGAUAAACUGGAGUGUUCGGGUGGACUGUUUUAAUAAAAAUCUUUGAGCAAGUGAGUUCUGGCAAGAGAAACUCAGCCUCUUCUGUAUAAACUUGACAGGGAAAGGUUGGGAGUGUGAAAAAGAAGACUGUAUGAAAAACAUUGGUAAUUUUAAUUUUUUUUAAUUUGGGGACUGCGCUAUCCUGUUAACGAAGACAUGAGAACUUGGUUCAGUCCAAAUGGGGAUUUGUGUAAAUCAGUGCUCUCCAUUAGAAAUAGGGUGAAAGCCACAUGCGUAAUUUUAAUUUUUCUAGUAGCCACAUUAGUAGAGUAAAAAGAAACAGGUGAGGUUAAUUUGAAUGAUAUACUUAACCCAACAUAUAAAAAAUACUAUGAUAUCAACAUAAAAAUGGAGAUGUUUUACUCUUUUCACAUGAAGGCUUUACAAUUUAGAGGGUUUUUUGUUUUGUUUUGUUUUUGAGAUGGAGUCUUGCUCUGUCACCCAGGCUGGAGUGCAAUGGCACACUCUCAGCUCACCACAACCUCCACCUCCUGGGUUCAAAUGAUUCUCCUGACUCAGCCUCCCAAGUAGCUGGAAUUACAGGUGCACACCACCACACUCAGCUAAUUUUUGUAUUUUUAGUAGAGACGGAGUUUCACCACGUUUGUAAGUCUGGUCUUGAAUUCCUGACCUCGUGAUCCGCAGGCCUUGGCCUCCCAAAGUGCUGGGAUUACAGAUGUGAGCCACCGCCCCCUGCCUUGGAGUGUAUUUUACACUUACAGCUUCUCUAAAUUUAGACUAGUCACUUGCCAGGCGUUCAGUAGCAACACUGUGUCACACCGUGCAGCUCUAGAUGCUGGCCUUUCCCGGCUUUGGUGGUAGUCAAUGACCAUCUGGAGGUUCAAGGCACUUAAGCCCUGACCCUGCCACCCGUGGGCCCAAAUCCCAGACCCAGACUUGUGUUCUUGGAAGAGUGCAGGUAUUGGGCUGCCAUCCUCUCUCCCUACGAACCUUUGCAGGUAUGGAGUUCAAGGGUUCUCUACCAUGCAGCUAGACAAGCUGGCUGUCCCAGGUGCAGAGGUCAGGAUGCCUUGCCUGGUUGGGACAAAUGGGAAAGUAAGAGUCCUCUGCCCAAAAGUUUUGUUCUGGGCUGGGGAAGAGCCCAGGUGCAGGACUGGUCUGGAGAAGGCUGGUUUUUGCACCCAGUUAGUGCCAGAGUUGAGCCUUUCUGUUUCCUAAUUAGCAAGUUCAGUGCUUUGACAGCACCAUUAACCUUAAGCCAGUCCCUUCUCCUCUCCGGUCGUCAUUUGUGAAAUGGGAAUUUGUGACUGCUACCUCAGAUAAUUUUCCUGAAGUUAAGCAAGAGGAGAUGUGAAAAGUGCGUUGUAAACUGUAAAGCGCUGGGCAUAGCAGGGCUGAAAGGCUUUCAAUAAGAGCUUGUAACAAACCCUCCUGGAGUGUCGCGGUAAAGCCCCGGGAAGGAAAAAAACAGGUUGGGAAACAGCGGGUGUGCUCGUCCCCCAUUCUUGUGUCAACUUGGGGGACAGGUACGAUUGUGCCAAGGGCGAGGGUCAGCACCGGGAGAGAAAGGACGCUGCGGUGAGGGAUCUGAGUGUGUGCUGCAGGAACCCAAGGGACACGGAGACGCGCGAUGGCACGGAGACGCGCGAUGGUUGGGAUCAAGGCAUUGAAGACAGAGCGACGGCCCUUCUCAGCCUCCGUCGGCCGAGGACACCCUGAGUUCGCGCACCGCCCGGGCCGGGUGUGGGCGCCGCGCAGGGGAACCAGUGCCUCGGAGACAGUGCCCGCCGCCCCCAAGCCUCACCCACAGCCGGGUCGCGGGCGGCCCCCUUAGCCCGCAUGACUGAGAUCCUGAAAACAUUCCGCUGUACGUCUUGGAACUUUCUAAUAGUAGGAGUUUGCAAACUACGGGACGGGUCCUCCCAGUCCCUCAUCUGAGGGCUCAGAGACUGGAGGCGCCUUUUCUUUUUAUUUUUUUCUUCUUCAUUUUAUGAACAGAAAAAUCGUUUGUCCCUCUCCAGCCCCUGCACACCCCACCCCCCGCAUCGUCUGCAGGCGCCCCGGGGCUGUGGAUAAUUAGACGCGUUCUUCCCUAAUUGCCCAAGGCUCGUUAGAAUUCGCCCUAGAGCUGUAUCAUGAAUUUUCUUUCAAAUUAAGUUUGCUUGCAAUUAAGCUUAGAGAACCAGCAACAAAAGCAGACUUGGCCCGAGGUCGUUCACUGCGGAAAAUGGAUUAGAGAACCUUCUUCCCCGACUUAAGGGGAAAGAUUCCUGCGGCCAGCGCUUUGGGGGAAGUGCCCCGACCGCAGAGGCGACGACGGGGGAGCAGGAAGCUGCUCGCGGCAGUUGGCCUAGGCGGCUGCGGUGGCUUUCCUCAUCUGGGCGCUUUGGGCUCCGAGUAGAGUAAGGGUAACGUCCUCGAAAUGACUUCUGGACAGUUUGAGCCGAACUACACAGCGAUGACUUGGAGCUGCCCUGUGGAGUUAUAGUUUACCAAACACAUUCAUGAACAUAAUCUCAUUUACUAAGAACUUUGUGAGAAUUUAAUUUCACUAAAAUUUUUUUCCUAUUACAAAA